AUGGUCGAUCUACCCUACGCCCUCGACGCGGAAACGCCCCUCAAGGCAUCCGAGCUCCAGGUCCUCCGCGCCCAAUAUGAAAAGGAAGGCGAGAUGGUCGGCGUGCAAACCAAGUUCAACUACGCAUGGGGCCUCGUAAAAUCAGACAACCGCAACGACCAACAACUAGGCGUCCGCCUCCUCUCCGAGAUCUUCCGCGUCUCCCCCGAGCGUCGCCGCGAGUGCCUCUACUACCUCGCCCUCGGCAACUUCAAGCUCGGCAACUACGGCGAGGCCCGCCGCUACAACGACCUCCUCCUCGAGAAGGAGCCCGCGAACCUGCAGGCCUCGAACCUGCGCCAGCUCGUCGACGACAAGGUCGCCAAGGAGGGCCUCAUGGGCGUCGCCAUCAUCAGCGGCGUCGCUGUCGCGGCCGGUGUCGUGGGCGCCUUCUUGGUGAGGAACGUGAAGAGGAGAUGA